AUGAUACUGAUUCGGGCUAUCUGUUUAGUGCUUUUAUGUGGAAUUGCAGUUUCAGAAAUUCCUCACCUUUUAACUGAUAAAUUCAUAAAUCUUAUAAAUUCUAAACAAAACACAUGGAUCGCUGGACGUAAUUUCCCCAUCACUAGGACAUUAAAAUCUAUCAAGAUACUUAUGGGAGCUCUUGAAGAUAAAUACCUUCAAAAGUUGUACGCAGUUCAAUACGAUGAUGACACAAUAAAUAAUCUCCCUGAAAACUUUGACCCGCGGGACAAAUGGCCAAAUUGCCCUACUUUAAACGAAAUAAGAGAUCAGGGAUCUUGUGGAAGCUGCUGGGCCUUCGGAGCAGUUGAAGCUAUGACUGAUCGUUAUUGUAUUUAUUCAAAUGGUACAAAACAUUUCCAUUUUUCGGCAGAAGAUUUACUAAGCUGCUGUCCCGUUUGUGGACUAGGAUGCAAUGGUGGUAUUCCAACUCUAGCUUGGGAGUACUACAAACAUUUUGGUAUUGUAUCCGGAGGUAACUACAACUCAUCACAAGGAUGUCUCCCUUAUGAAAUACCUCCCUGCGAGCAUCAUGUACCCGGGAAAAGAGGCCCAUGUAUUAGUGACACUGUCACUCCCAAAUGUCACAGAACUUGCAGGGAAGGAUAUAAUAAUUCGUAUAAAUCUGAUAAAAAGUACGCAAAACAUGUGUACUCCAUACGAGGAGGUGAAGAACAGAUAAAAGCUGAAAUAUUUAAAAACGGUCCAGUUGAAGGUGCAUUUACCGUAUAUGCGGAUUUGCUUGCAUACAAAAGUGGUGUCUAUAAGCAUACCGAGGGUAAUGCUCUUGGCGGACAUGCAGUCAAAAUAAUGGGAUGGGGAGUUGAAAAUGGAAACAAAUAUUGGUUAAUUGCUAACUCUUGGAAUACAGAUUGGGGAGACAACGGCUUCUUCAAAAUGCUUCGCGGUGAGGACCAUUGCGGAAUUGAGAGUUCAAUUGUCGCCGGUGAACCAUCGUAUGAUUAA